UCAUAUCACAUUAGGAAUUCCCAAGAAACGUAGAAUAUUUUUUUAAAAUUUUUUAACUCUUUAAUUUUCUAAUCAUUUUCUUCGCGAUUUCUUUUUGGGGUCCUAAUGACAGAUAAGGUCAAGUUAUUCUACCCCCAGCGACUGCAGCCCCGCCCUCUGAAGGCUUUGCGGGUGUGCUUCCUGCGAAAUGGAGACCAACACUUCUCGGGCGUCAAUAUGGUCGUCUCACGAAACCGCUUCAAGGAUUUUGAGGCUCUGCUUCAAGGUGUCACGGAGAGUUUAAGGCGCCACGUUGUCCUACGGUCGGCCAUUACAAAUAUCUGCCGGAUUGACGGUUCACAUUUAACCACACUGGGUUGCCUUAGCGAGGGCGACGUUGUGAUCUGCUGCUGUCAGUACGAAGAUUUUAUUUGGAUCGAAUACAACGUUAACAUUGACUUUGAGCGGCAGACCGCUCUUCGUGCGCGUUGUUUUGAAGAGAAGUUAUACGAAGAAUCCCUGGAGCACAUCAAGUUUACCGAUUUGCCCGAUGCCAUUAGGCUUUACAUCGGGCAGCUGAAACCCAUUGUCCAAAACUUUAAGACACUGAUCUACCGCGGAAGGUCGAGGGCCAAUUGGACAAGGUGCAUCGUAAAGAUGGUGAACAAGAAGUACUUGAACAUUACCUACGAUGAUGUCUAUAUAGAAGCAGAGGUGCUGCGGCGUUUGCAGUCGCACCCGAACAUUAUCGAUCUGAUGUACUCCGUGGAGGAGGAACGCUACAUGUAUAUAGUUCUGGAGCGUCUGGACUGUGAUGUAGGAGAAUUGUUGUGCGAACACGGUUCCAUGUCGGAGGAGAAUGCCAGAUGGGUGAUGAGGGGAACGGUGGCUGGCCUAUUGCAUAUGCAUCAGAUGCAAAUUAUCCAUCGGGACAUCAAGCCCGAGAAUCUUCUUAUUCGGUUUGGUACCCGUGUAGGGGAUCUUGCAGCGAUCAAGAUAACUGACUUCGGCUUGGCCACGUACUAUCGUGGUAGCAAGCUGUACUCCUGCUGUGGAACUCCGUGCUACAUGGCACCCGAGUUGAUCGCAAAAUCUGGCUAUGAUUACCAGGCCGACUCCUGGUCUCUGGGCGUUACGCUAUUCUGCAUGCUCUGCGGCCAGCUGCCCUUUGGGAGAAAUUUUUCAAGUGUGGUGGAUAUUUAUGCAGCAAUCAUGUGGGGAGAGCCAUGCUAUCCGAAGGAUAUGGAUGGUGACCUAAGCGAUAAGGCCACACAGUUAAUAGACGGUCUGUUGAUCAAGAAUCCCAGCAAGAGGCUCACCAUCGCCGAAGUCAAGCGUCAUCCGUUUUUGGUCUAAUAGUUUUUUUUAUGUUAUUUCAAAAAUUUUCGGUGUAUUAACAAUGGUUUAGGUUUUAAAAUAAAUUAGCUUACGAUCUGGUUAGGCA